UCACACACAUACCUCCCUCACUCCCUCCUCUCUCCAUUUCCUUUUCAAAAACAAUAAAAAGAAAAAAAAAAUCCACACAGUAAUUAUAUCUUCACACACAUUUCUUUAAUUUUUGUUUAAAUUAAAGAUACAGAGAGAGACGACGAAGCGAAAAAAUGGCAGAAGAGGAAUGCGAAUUAAACGAGAAGCAAAAGAGAGAGAUCGCUAAAUGGUUUCUUCUUAACUCACCUGCUGGUGAAAUCCAAUACAUCGCCAAAGAUUUGAGAUCGGUAUUGAACGAUGAGAAAGUGUAUAAUGAAGCGGCAUCAGAGGCAUUCCCUCUUUACAAUAAAUCUCACUUGAUUUGCCUUGAAUUACCUAAUCGAAGCGGAGAUGUGCUGGUUACGUCUUAUAACGAGCUCGAGGAGAAUGAGUUUCUUGAUCCUAGAACUGCACAGGUGGCGACAGUUGAUCAUGUUAAGCAAGUUUGUACAGACGUGAGACCUGCAGCUGAUGAGGAACUUUCAUCACCAUAUAUCGAAGAAUUUCGUUGUGCCCUGGAUGCGGAAAUGCUCAAAUAUGUUGCUGAAGCUUAUCCAAAAGGUAUCUGUUCUGUCUACUGUGUUGAUGGGAAGGAUGUGGAGGGACCAGGAUCUAAUUUUGAACUUGUAGUGGUCAUUUCUGCUGCUAAAAAUAGCCCACAGAAUUUCUGCAAUGGAAGUUGGCGAUCAGUGUGGAACAUAGAGUUCAAGGAAGAUGUACAAAUGCUAGAAGUAAGAGGCAAAUUACAGGUGGGUGCUCAUUAUUAUGAAGAGGGAAAUGUUCAGUUGGAUGCUAAACAUGAAUGUAAAGAUGCAACAAUCUUUCAGGCCCCUGAUGAUUGUGCUAUUUCCAUAGCGAACAUUAUUCGUCACCAUGAGGCAGAGUACUUGGAAUCUCUUGAGGCAUCCUAUUCAAAUUUGCCAGAUACCACUUUCAAGGAUCUGCGGAGAAAACUUCCAGUUACUCGAACUCAAUUUCCAUGGCAUAAUACUCUACAGUUCAGCCUGACAAGAGAUAUCCAGAAGGAACUUGGAAUUGACAAGUGACUAAAUUCCAAUCCAGAAGUGUACACUGCGUUAUUUGAUGAUAUGUAAAGCCGAGAUAGUGAGAUCCCAGUAUACCAGUCCAUUUGUAUUGAGUCUAUGAUUUCUUAUGAGAGAUCUUUGAUAUCGUUCCUUAUUUUUUUCCCAUGAUUAAAGUUAUUUUUCUGUUUGGCCAUGCGAUCUCCUCUCCUGUUAAUGAGUUCCUCUCAGAUUUAGUGUGUAUUUCUGUACAAUUGAUACAAACUUUGUAUAGUACUCUUGUUAAUGAUCAUUCUUCUUUUGAUGUGCUGUGAAAA